AUGGUUGCGCCCGCUGUGCCGGAGAUCUAUGAAGAGGACGACCUCUACGCGGCCAUCGACGCCCGUACCGAGUCGCUGCAGAAUCUACGGGAAUUGGGGCCGCCAGAUCUGGUCUACCUAGUGAAGCAGCCCAAACGAACUCGAAUCGCCAGGCUUCUCCCCGCGCAUACUUCCUUCAGAGCCGCGUCACUGACAUGUUGCUACAAUGCCUUUUCGCAUGUGGACAUGCGUGUGGAAGUCAAGAUCCCCGGCAGUCUCGAGAGCUAUUGCAUCGAUGAGAGGGGAGACAAACGGGUCGCGACGGACUCCCUGUGGCUUGAGACGUUUCUCUGUGGGGUGCUCAGAGCCUACUCCUACGCCGACGACGGGACGGGAGACGCCAUCAAGAAGAUUGUCGGUGUACGCAGAUUCAACCCUGUAACCAACACAGAGAUGGAGCAGAAAUUCCUGGAUGCUGCAGAGAAAUUAUUUUUCAUGGCUAUUACAGGGAGACAGCUGAGCUCCGAUCCCGAAACGCAAGUGCCGAAUACCGUUGCAAACCACCUGACUUCGGGCCUCCUCAAAUACAUCCACACAACUGGCCGUUAUGCAUCCGGCAUCAAUCUUUUCGAAAAGCUGCGUGAGAAGGAUGUGGAGGUAUCGUCACUUUUGGCCCGGGUCCUGAUCGCAGCCGACGAGGAGGUGCAAGCCGUCCGCCUGAUGCACGAUGCCCUGCAAGACGUGCCAAUGGACUACGCUCUUCUUGAUUGCCAGGCUGCCUUCUGCCUGAGCAAGGGUGAAGGUGAACUGGCGCUGGAAUGUGCUAAGCGCAGCGUCACCGCUGCUCCCAGUGAAUUCACUACCUGGGCUCGAUUGGCGGAAGUAUACGUGUUCCUCGAGAAAUGGGAUCUGGCCCUGCUGACGUUGAACUCGUGUCCCAUGUUUACUUACCAAGACAAAGAUUCCCCACGCAUGCCUCCUCCGUCUCGCGUGAUGCUUCCCAUCCUCGCAGAGACCAUGCUGGAUGAGAUCGAUGAAGGUCAGCCGAAGCAGGGCGAUCCUCACGACUACGUGCACCCGUCUCUCCGAAAGCUCCAUGCGGCAGGCUACCAGGGAACGUUCUUGAAGGCUUACCAAAUACUCACCAAGAUUGCCGCCUCCAUCGGUUGGGACCAGCUAUUGAAGAUCCGAAGCGACGUCUUUGUCAUGGAGGAAGAGUACCGAGUCGAGCGCCAGAACAUGGCGUCAAAACAUGGCCAUUCUAGUAGCCAAAACGCAAGCACAGUGGCUCUGCAUCAGCCCUCCAGUCCCAACCCCGGCGCAAAUGGGAACGGUCCCGAGACUGAUGGUGAAUCUUCCAAUCAAGACGGUGACCAACCGACAGAGAAAACCAACGGCACUGGGGAGAAAGACGAAGGCCAUACAAUUGAGAAACCCGAGCAAACCAUGGCUUCGGAAGUGGUCAAGUCCGGAAAUGACGACCCGGACCCCUCGCACACCUCCUAUACUCAAUUUCAUAACAAGCGGCUCUGCGAGCGGUGGCUGGACAACCUCUUCAUGGUGCUGUACGAGGAUUUGCGCGUCUACACCAUCUGGCGGACGGAGAUGGCGCAAUCUAAGCAGCAGGCCGUGGAUUAUAAGAAAACGGCAACGGAGUGGGAGAUUCUGGGCGAGUUGGCGGAACGACUACACCACUUUGACGAGGCGAUCGAGGCGUACCGGAACUGCUUAGCGAUCCGAUUCUCUCCGAAAGCGAUGCGCGGGAUUUUGAAGCUGUACGAGAAGCAAGGGGAUACCAGAGGGAUGCUGAAUGCACUGAUCCGGCUGAUUGCUUGGCAGUACCGGUGGUAUUCCGAACUUAUUGAAGAGGAAGGGGCUGUCAAAGUUCGCAGCAUUGUGCAGGCGACCAACCUACCGCAGCCUGUCCUCGACCUGACACACCACUACUGCCAGCUGUGUGCGACAUUCCGAAGUACCGGCAGUGAUGUCUAA